AUGGAUAAACUAAAAAACGUAUACGUGGACUCUGCCUUGAGCAUAAUCAAAGGGGCCCUAUGUAUUAUCCUACAGAUUCCCACUAGUAGGACAACAGAAAGCAUAAAAAGGAAGCAAAGCAACAAUGGAGUGCUAACGGUGAAAUCCAUUUUGAUGGAACCUACGAUAAGUCAGUAUGAUGACAUAAAGAAGUUGAUCAGAAAUAAAAUCCAAGAAGAAGUGCCCUUUUACAACUAUCAAAUGAAUAGAGCCUUUGCAGAAAAUUUUUAUGGAGAUUGUAUAUACGACAAUUUUGGACUUUCAAAGGAUAUAAGUGAAGUGAAUCUCAUAAUAUUAGAAGAAUGGAAUAUAAACUGUAAUAGAAAUAGGGUUUUAAAAAACACAGGAUUUAUAAAAGACAUUCAAAUAAAUCAGUUUAAAUAUUUAACUGCUAAAGAGUCUUUAGAAGUACAUUUUGUUGUGAACCCCAAGUACACCUUUGAAGAAUUGAGUAAUACACAUAAAAGCGAAAAAAGUUUAAAUGAUUUUCUCCUAGCACCCAUUAUAAAAGUGCUAACAGAAGAGCCAAGCAUUAUUAGUAAACAGGAUGAGUCAAAUAAAAAUGAUGAUCUUAUGUACUUACAUGUGGAUGACAUUUUGUCUAAAAAUAAAGUCCUACCACCUUCAGGAGUUGAAAGUAUAAGUUAUGAAAGGUCCAAAGAAGUUACUCCUUGGGACGUAAACAUAACAGAAGAUGGAAUAAAUUAUGACAAAUUAAUUAAAGAAUUUGGGUGCUCCAAAAUUACAGAGAAUCAUGUAAAAAGGAUCGAACAGUUGACGAAUAAAAGAGCACAUCAUUUCAUUAGACGAGAAAUAUUUUUUAGUCAUAGAGAUUUAGAUUUUUUAUUAAAUUAUUAUGAACAGCAUAAAUGUUUUUAUAUCUACACUGGUAGAGGACCCUCUUCAUUAUCAAUGCAUUUAGGUCAUUUGAUUCCAUUUUAUUUCUGUAAGUACUUACAAGACGCUUUUAAUGUACCCUUAGUUAUUCAACUAUCAGAUGAUGAAAAAUUUUUAUUUAAUCAAAAUUAUUCCUUAGAAUACAUUAAUACGUUAACUAAGGAAAAUGUAAAGGACAUAAUUGCAGUAGGGUUGAAUCCAGAAUUAACUUUUAUUUUCAAAAAUACAGAAUAUGCUGGAUAUUUAUAUCCAACUGUUAUAAAUAUACAUAAAAAAACAACAUUAAAUCAAAGUAUGAAUGUGUUUGGUUUUAACCAUUCAGAUAAUAUAGGAAAAAUUUCGUACCCCUCUUUUCAAAUUGCUCCUUGUUUUUCUCAAUGUUUCCCACAUUUUCUUCCAAAAAAUAUUCCGUGUCUAGUUCCACAAGGAAUAGAUCAAGACCCUUAUUUUAGACUUAGUAGAGAUAUAGCUGUGAAGCUGGCCUUACAUAAACCAAUUGUAAUGCAUUCUGUGUUUAUGCCAGGAUUGCAAGGUGUGAAUACCAAGAUGAGUAGCACUAAGAAAAAGGAUGAAAAGGAUAAAAGUGUCACAAGUGGAAAAGAUGGACUGAGUAUGAGUAACGAGAAAGAUGCGAAUGCAAACAACAGCAAAAACAAGGAACAGAACAAUAGUGUUAUAUUUUUAACCGAUUCACCUGAACAGAUUAAAAAUAAAAUUAACAAAUAUGCCUUCAGUGGAGGAGGAGCAACUAUUGAAGAACAUAGAGAAAGAGGUGGAAAUUUAGAAAAAGACAUUUCUUACCAGUAUUUGAGAUAUCUUAUGGAGGAUGAUAAUAAGUUGCAGGAAAUUGGAGAUAAAUAUAAAAAGGGGGAGCUGUUAAGUGGUGAGUUGAAAAAAAUUCUUAUAGACAUUUUAAUCGACCUCAUACAGAAGCACCAGCAAAGGAGACAAUCCAUAACUGAGGAAGAGAUUGCCUAUUUUUUUGAUCCCAAUAAAUCUUCUCUCAGGAAAUUUAAAGGGACGUAA